CGUGAUUCUAAGACAAGGAUGGGAUUCAUUUGAGGGACUUCGCGUAUGCGAACCUGCAAGCGAGGCGAGGAAGUGAGGCUCUCGACUCGGCUGGGAGGAAACCAGGAUUCUUAGCGAAGCUGUCACGGAGAGGGGCAGGUAAAUUGCGGUUAAUUCACAUGUCAUCUGAAAGUGUGAUAGUUACCGUUCGUCUUAUUCGCUCUUUUGAGCAUCGUAAUUUCAGACCAGUUGUGUACCAUAAUGUUAACCUGGACCAGACUGUAAAAGAAUUUAUUGCAUUUGUGAAGAAGGAUAUCACAUCAAGGACAGAACUUUUGCCGCCUUUCAGAAAAUAUACCUAUGACACAAUGAAGAUUAUACAUCAAGCGCAUGGCUCUAAGACCAAUGAACUUGUUGUGAGUUUAGAGGAUGACGACAGACUCAUUUUGGAGGAAGACAGCACCUUGAAAGCGACUGGAGUAGCUAAUGAAACAGAGCUUGCAUUUUUCUGCAUGGAUGAUUACAGAAAAUAUAAAACCAAUCCUGUUGCUACCUGGUGAAGACCAAGAAAAUUGAGAUAAAAAAAAUAUUCGCUGUUAAUAAGACAGUUUAUCCUGAAAUCCUAAAAAAUGUCUGUUAACAAGCAUUGAGACUUUUGUUUACAGAAAUGCAAGACCCAUUGCAGAAGGGGAGACUCCCAACAGUGACAUUGCUUUCCAACAAGAUUAAUUUCACUUCCCAAAAUGUGUGAUGUUUUAUAAUAAACAUAUGUGGAUACCUUCUCUGUAUGGCUUGCAAAUAAAAAUUGGAAUGUAGA